GAAACCUGAGCUUGAAAGUGAACACUCACAAACCCAAGAACAGGCCAUUUCAUUUCAUCAAAACAGUGACGCAUACAUUUACCUCACUCAGAUUACACUCCAUUUUCGUCCAUCUUUCUGAUAUAUCAAGCUGAAAUGGAGCAAAUCUUGGCCAUAAUCAAGCUUGAAGCUUGCGGCAUCAUUUAGGAUCUUCCUUGUCCUUUUCUCAUACUUCUCUUUCUUUCACACCCUUUACAAAAGCUACUGUUUUUAUGGGGAUGGGUUACCGGAGAAUGAUAUCAGGCAACUUGGAUCCAGAGAGGAAGAGGAGCGGUGGAUUGAGAACUAAGCAGGCGGGAAGAGGGUCGUGCCGUGGAAGUUAGCUUUUUUUUUUUUAUGUUGUUGACAAGCUUUUGAGUUUACUCCGGAAAUUUGCUGGCACCGGAUGUGAGCUGCCUGUUACACGUACUUUUGUCUAUCUAUCGUAUAGGUUGCAAUUGUGUUGUUAGUUGCUUUAGUGUUUGCCUCAGAGAGGAGCCAAUAGCCAUGGAUGUUUCGCUGAGAGAGGCGUUAAGGAUGCUCUGCAAGACCUAUCGCUGGUCUUAUGCUGUGUUUUGGAAAAUUGGGUGCCAGAAUACAACGUUAUUAAUUUGGGAAGAUUGUUACUAUGAACCAUCACCUCGCUCUGUUCCUGCCAAUAAGAACCCUGAGUUCCCUUUUGGAGGGUGGCAAGGAUGCUUUGGUUCUGAAGUUCCUUCCUCUCAGAUUGGGACUCAAUCAUGGGAUAGAGUGCACAUGCUGAUCAACAAAAUGAUGACGAACAACAGGAUAAACUUAAUAGGUCAAGGAAUGGUGGGCCGAUCUGCAUUUACUGGAAGCCAUCAGUGGAUUAUUGCAAACAAUUUCGCUAGAGACGCCCAUCCACCGGAGGUUCUCAAUGAAGUGCAUCUCCAAUUUUCAGCUGGCAUGCAGACGGUUGCUGUUAUUCCUGUUCUUCCUCAUGGUGUUGUUCAGUUUGGUUGUUCACUGCCCAUUGUGGAGGACGUGGGAUUCAUCAAUACUGUAAAGAGUUUAAUCCAGCAGUUGGGUUGCAUUCCAGGGGCCCUUCUCUCUAACAGCUAUGGAACCAAUGAAUGUUCUGAGAAAGUUGGGAUACCCAUUUCACUUGAAACACCGGUUUCUAUAGAUCCCUCUGGAAUUUAUGGGGCACCAACCGCUGUCCCUUUAAUGGCUGAAAGCUGCAACCAACUAAGCAACCCAUCUGAGUCUUCAAGGCUUGUUGGCAUGACGUCUUUUCCAGUUAAUCAGAUCAGGGAUAUUCUACAGGCUAAUGCUUCAGCACCUCAAUUACCUAGCCUGUCACAAACUUUGGCUAAACCCCACAAUAAUUACUGUGAACCAAAAAUCAGUCCAGAGAUAAUGUCGAGUCUAAAUUUGAGAGGUCACUUGAAUGGUGGAGUGGUUGGUGCUGAAGUGAUUCCCUCAAAUCCAAGUUUGUGGCUGAACCAGCAGGCUUUGUUAUACAACCAGCGGUCUGGGUUCAACAGUCAGGCUAUGAUUGAUCAAUCAUCAGUGAGUCAUGCUGCUGUGAAAUCAAUGGAACAACUUAUCGUGUCUAAUGCUGAUUUAUGUGAUAAUGUUACCAAUAAUAUGAAUGGAUCAAACAGUCAAGGAAGACCAACAUCAUUUCCGGGCUUUGUUUUGAACCCACAGAAACAAUCAGAUAUUAAUCCUUCCUGCACAGUGCUGUCAGGGAUUGGGUUACAGAAUGUUAAUUCAUCUAGGGCAGAGGUUCCUUUAUCAAUCCUGGUGAAUCGAUCAACUGCUAGUUCCAUUUGUCCUGAGAAUAGUCAAGUUAAUUUAGCUCCAAAGAAAGAAACAAUGGAUAGUGAUUUGCUUCAAGCACUUAAUCUCCCAUUGACCCAUUCUGAUGGCUGUAUUUCUUUGAAUGAGCAACUCCUGGGGGGUGGCGUCCAUGAUUCCCUGAAGCUUGAAAGUGGCACGUCAGGUCCAGGACCCAUAGAUGCUAAGUAUGAAGACUGCAUCAAAUUUUCAGGGGAUGACUUGUUUGACAUUUUGGGGGCUGAUUUGAAGAAAACACUACUUAAUGGCAAAUGGACUGAUGUCCAAGCUGAUGGAGGGAAUGCGAAGACACAGAAACUGGGUAAGGAUAAUUCAAGAUUUGGGAAUACAUUGGGUGGGUUUUCAGAAAAUGAAGGAAUAUCUGAUGGGAAUAUGCACCCUGGAAUUGGUACAGAUCAUCUUUUAGAUGCCGUGGUAUCUAGUUCUCAGUCUGUGUCCAAGCAGAUCUCAGAUGAUGAUGUGUCUGUUAUGACAACAUCAACAAAGAUCAGUAGCUCCUCCAUUCCGAGUAGCUCUCCCAUCUAUGGAAGGGUUAAUAUGUCAGAUCAGGCACAAGGGCAGUUACUUGGCCUUCAGUCUUUAACAAAAGCAGCGCUUCUGGCAUCCAGUUCUUAUCAAUCUAGCUGCAGCAAGGAUGACACAGGAACUUGCUCUCAAACUACUUCUGCUUAUGGGUCCCAAAUUAGUUCAUGGGUUGAACGGAGCCAGAAUUCUAGGCGUGAUACUAAGAAGAAUGAUGAAAUUACCAAACCAAAUCGCAAAAGGUUAAAACCUGGAGAGAACCCUCGACCCAGGCCAAAAGAUCGCCAGAUGAUACAAGAUCGUGUGAAAGAGCUGCGGGAAAUUGUACCAAAUGGUGCAAAAUGUAGCAUAGAUGCUCUUCUAGAGAAGACAAUCAAGCAUAUGCUUUUCUUGCAAAGUGUGACCAAGCAUGCAGACAAGUUAAAACAUACAGGAGAGCCUAAGCUUGUUAAUAAUAAGAACGGUGAGAUAAUUUUAAAAGACAACUUUGAGGGUGGAGCUACGUGGGCAUUUGAGGUUGGGUCACCAUCCAUGGUGUGCCCUAUCAUUGUUGAGGAUCUCAAUCCACCUCGUCAGAUGCUGGUAGAGAUGAUUUGUGAAGACCGUGGUUUCUUUCUAGAAAUAGCUGACCUAAUUAGGGGAAUGGGAUUGACCAUCUUGAAGGGAGCGAUGGAAACUAGACAUGACAAGAUCUGGGCACGCUUUGCAGUUGAGGCAAGCAGGGAUGUUAAGAGGAUGGAAAUAUUUAUGUCGCUUGUUCACCUGUUGGAUCAAACUGCCAAGGGCUGUGUAACACCAACAAGUGCUUUGGAUAGCAACAGUAUGAUGAUCCACCACUCUUUCCCCCAAGCUGCUUCUAUACCUGCAACUGGUAGGGCAAGUGGUUUACAGUGAACAACCUUGCUGCAUUAAUUUCAAGUCUCGAUAUGUUAAGAGCGAGUCACAGCCAUGCCCGCCAUGACUAACAUGUCUUCCGGUCCAAGGUCUAAGGUGGUUCUAACCCUCGUCUAACUCUUUUAGUCUCCCACAAACCAAUUAUAACUGGCUGGGAAUUUGUUUAGGUAGGACUUUGAAAUGUCUGGAGACGACUAUGGGAAUGUUUCAAGGAGGUCUCGGGGACACACUUCUUUAACAUGAUUAUGAAUGGUACUAGGUAGAUUUUUGUAACUUCCUGAAUUUUAUAUGAUGGGUGUUCUUGUAGGCAUGAGUGGAGCAGCACUGUAGUUUGAGGUUCACUAGUAAAUAGGGAGCAUCAGGGAUGAAAUGAAGUGGAUGUAGUCUAUUCCAAGGAAAGACUUAUUUUCUUUUACUUGGUUAUAUUUGGCUUUGGGAUAUUGUAUUUUGUGGCAGUAUUUCAAAACCUUGACGUUCUGCUAAAAGUAAGCUGUUUUUGGUGUUUUGCCUGUAUUAUUUUGUAAUGGUGAUGAUGAUGACUCAGUUAUAAUAUUUUUCUUUACAAUGUUUUUACUUUGUAUGCAAUGUAAUAUCAAAUAAGUAGAUGCGUAUUGA